AUGUGCAACAUCACCCACGAACCGGCAAAGAGCCGCCGUCAAAAUAAAGGGCUCGCCUGUGAAGAAUGUCGUUCACGUAAACUCAAGUGCGAUAUGAGCCAGCCGCAAUGUGGCACCUGUCGCAACCUGGGUGUACCAUGCGUUACGAAUACGGCGCGGAGGCCGCGAGGCCCGAGGAAGGGUCAUGUCAAUAUUCUUAGAUCGCGCAUCGAACCUUUCGCUAAUCUGAUCACGCAAAGUACAGCAUCGCUCGAGCGCCAGUUAUAUGAGAAUUCCGAGGCCCAACCGGCCAGGCGAGAAAGCUCAACACCUACCCGGCAAGUAUUGGAGGCAGAUCAAUCAGUAAAUGUCGAUAUUGGCGACGUUGAACAAGGCAGCAUCGUACAUUCACAGGGCUCACCGGAUAAUUUCUUUUUAGACGCGCAGUCAAUCGGACUGCCCAAAUGGCCAUCGGCAAUCCCUUCAUUGGAAUUGGAUAGCGAAUGCGCUAACCCCACCAAGCAAUAUACCCAAAUCAGUGUCGUCUGCAUGUCCAAUCGACGCCAGCAUAAGCCCACUAGAGCUGGGUUCCCAGGCAAUGACUCCGCAGUUCCUGCCAAUCCACCUACCCGUUCAGCUGUCAGCCCUAGAGCGCGCAGAUCUCGAAGCAGAAAUCGACUAACUGUCGGCCAUAGAGAUGAUCUUUUCUUCGAUCGCGCUUACCCUUUCGCUCCCAUCGUUCAUCAGCAGCGGUACUAUACACGGGCAACCCACGAGUCAGACGCAAGAGAGCCCUUUACCACCUUACAAUAUGCCAUGCGAACACUAUCAGCGUCAAUGGGAAGUCAGUUCCAGGGCAUCCUACCAGUCUUGUACACUCACACCUGCUGCUUAUUGGAUGUGUGGGAGCAAAACAUGCCGAACGAGGCUCUUCCCAUCGAGGUGGUCCAGGCGCGGCUGCUUCUAGUUCUCUACGAGAUUCUAAAGAGCAAUCCCAGCAAGGGGUGGAUUAGCGCUGGUCGCUGCUUCCAUCUAGUACAUCUUAUGAAACUUGAUCAGAUUGAUAACCCGAAUACUUGGCAGACAUCCAGUCUUUCUUCGGUCGAGAUCGAGGAGAGACGGAGGACAUUCUGGACAGCCUAUGCGCUCGAUCGCUAUGCGAACCUCGUCAACGGCUUGCCGCUGGCCAUGAACGAUCAAAUGGCAACAUUCCAAAAUCAAAAGACUGUUACGACCGAAUAUCUGGCCCCGGCCAUGGCGAAAAAAAGCGAUCAGCAGCUAUCGCCCUACGCAAAAUCCAUCGUCAUGCUCACUAUCCUCGCGCGUUGCCUCUCACACAGAAACCAAUGUAAUGUGGAACGGAUUCUAGACCCCACAUCUCAGGAAUGUAUUGCACGCCAUCGAGCACUUGACAUCAUAUUGAGCCCAGAGAUCCAGAUGACAUUGUCAAGCGCCGCCACCGACUUCGAGCCGUCCGAUCCCACAUUUAUCUUUAUCGACAUGUUGGCGCAAGCCGCAGUUUUAGUUCUUUUCACUGCCCUAAAUUCGGUGUCUGAAGCUGCAGAAAUGUACCAGGACAUGUAUGGAAGCUUUGAGGCCAAGGCUUCCAUGGCGAUGGAAAGGGUCCUCAGCCAGGCACAAAAGUUGUCCCAGAUGGGGUCCUUCAAGGCAAGACUAGUUCCUCAAGGGUAUUUAAGCAUUUCUGAUUGAAAUAUUAGGUUCAUCCAUUCACACCGAUCGCGCUAUUCAUCUGCGCCGAAUUUUCUCGCUCAUGCAAGGGGUUGAACCAAAAGUUCGCGACGCAGUUCAAGGCCAUUUAUGCUGCCCUGAGUCAUAUGGCGCCCGUUAAUAAUCUUGCCAGGAUGCUUGAGCUUGAACUUCAGCGUAAUUUGGAAAUUUUGUCAUCAGGUAUAGGUUUCUGAGGCUAUUCUGCAUCAGUCUUUACUCUUAACGAUAUCAUUUAUUUGUACAAAAUCUGCAUUUCUAGCGCCUUCUCAUCGGCCCCCAAGGGUGAAACCCCAUAGCUUCAAUAAAUAGCAUUAGCUAGAACAUAUGAUCA